GUUUGGCUAUGAAGAUCCCCUCUUAGCCCCGUGCCGCGUCUCUGGGGUGUAGGCACGGAGCAGGAGGGCGCCCUGUUCAGCCUGGGGCCAAGAACAUGAAAUGACACAGGGCUGCCUGGCUCGGAAGCUGGAGCUGGUGCUGACUAGCUGGGAGACCCUGACAAGUUACCCAACGAAUCUCACAGCAGUGGUGUGAAAAUCAAGUACAGUGUCUAGCCAAAGUCUGACCUUUAGGCCCACUCAGUAAGUGGGAAUUGUUUCCUUUCCUAUCAACCUCCCUGUUGGGAGUGGCAACAAAGGAUUGGGAGCUGGCAGACAACCGUCAGCUGCUGACGUCCUUGCAACCUGGGGACACUGGGGAGGGAGCACGUCCCUCUCGGUUUGUGCUGGGUCUACGUAGGUUUCUUGGAUUGGGGAAUUUUCAGCUUUUUUCUUCCUCCAAAAAUACUAAAUAGUAAAUUUUUAAAACUUAAAAAAUACAUAGAUCAGCAUAAAUAAGGAAAUAAAAACUAUCCAUAAUCCUUCUGUUAAAGUAACCAUGGUUAACAUUUUGUGGUAUAUGAUAUGCAUGUUCAUAGAUCUAAGCGAUAUAGAUAUGCGUUUCUGACAGUGUAUUCUAUGUCCUCUAUACUGUCACCUGCUUUUCUCACUUAGCAGCAUAUCAAAAACAUUUUUCAUGUCAUUAAAAUUUCCUCCAUAUCACUUUAAAAUGGCUGAAUAGUAUUAACAAAAAUGUGCAAUUAUUAACAAUAUUUCAAUGGGCAUUUUUGUAAAUCUUUGUAUACAUUCACAAUAAAUUAGGCUAAGUUCCUGGAGGUAGGGUGCUGGGUCAAAGUGAGUAUUUAAAAGUGUGGAACGUGGAGGUUGCCCUCCAGAAGUUAUAUUCCCAGAACAGCAUUCCUAUCAUCUCGGAUUGGGGAGUGACUUUAAGUUUAUGAAUUUAUUGCUCAAAUAUGUAUUGAUGGCUUACUCUCUGCUUUUUUACCUCUCACCUCUCAUGGGACCAUCCCCCACUAUCCACACCCACACCUGAUCUUGGGCACACCCCCUCAACCCAAACACUGCCAAGUGCCUGGCACCUGCCUCAGCUGCAGCCUAGAAAACUGAAACAGGAACCCUCCCCCAUGUGAGACCGUCCUCUCAGCCUCCCCAAAGUCCCUGCUAACCGUCACCAAGCCUCCUGUCCUUGUCUUUCUGCCUCUGUGGCGGGAGCUCUCAUGGCCUGGAGUGUCUGUGGGAAAGCCCAGCUCGGGGCGCUGCUCCUCUCUCUCCUGGGCUGGGUCUGCUCCUGCGUCACCACUGUCCUGCCACGGUGGAAGACGCUCAGUCUGGACCUGAAUGAAAUGGAGACCUGGACCAUGGGGCUGUGGGAGGUCUGCGUGAAUCAGGACGUUGCCGCUGUGUGCAAAGCCUUGGAGCCCUUCCUGUCUCUGCCCCGGGAGCUCCAGGUAUCCCGCAUCCUCAUGGUAGCCUCCCAGGGGCUGGGCCUCCUGGGGCUUCUGCUCUCUGGCUUUGGGUCCGAAUGCUUCCAGUUGCACAGGAUCAGAUGGGUAUUUAAGAGGCGGCUUUGCCUCGUGGGAGGGAGUCUGGAGGCGUCAGCUGCAGUCACUACCUUCUUCCCAGUCUCCUGGGUGGCCUACGCCACAAUCCAAGACUUCUGGGACGACGAUGUCCCUGCAAUUGUGCCUCGGUGGGAGUUUGGAGACGCCCUCUUCCUGGGCUGGGCUGCCGGUGUGUUCCUGGCCCUCGGCGGUUCACUCCUCAUCUGCUCGGCCUGUCUGGGAAGAGAAGACGUGCAGUCUCCCCAGCUGGCUGGUCCCUCAGCCCCACUGUCCUGUGCCCCAGCAGAGGAGUCCGAGGGCUCCUUCUAACGCCGAGACCUAGGAACCUGUCUGUCCAGGAGUCUCUGGAAUAACAGACCAUCAGUAGCCAUUUCUUUUCCUUACCCUUCUCCUGUUUGCUCACCUCAUCUGGGGGUGGUGAUCGCUGUCCCACCUGGGAAGCAUUGGACUGUCUUGGUGAGACAGUGAUCCUAAUUUCAGAAUGAAAAAUCAAGGCACAGACAGUUUCUAACAUGUUCUUGUGACUUAGAUUUUAUUUAUAUAAAAUGCUUUUAAACUUGUAACAUUACUUAUAUACUUGAUUUGUUAAUUACUAAGGAAAAUAUAUUACAACAUUACCUCCAUCAUAGAAAAUGUGAGAUCACUUAAAAAGAUGGAAAUUGGAACCAUGACAAACUUCCAAAUUUGGAAUUCUGUAAGAUCAUGCAAUAGGAGGAAUUUGACGAAGCCAGGGAGUUGUGAAUGGCUACCAUGAGGAAGUGAUAACUGGCUAAAAAGCUAAAGCGUGGAUAUGGGUUUUGGAUGGAGAGAGAAAAACGUGUAAGGCGAGGCGGGUGGAGCAGCAAGAAGCCAGAUCCGGCAGAGCCUGCAGUCACGGAGCUUUUGUCCCUGUGUCGAGGACGUGUGGCCAGGACUGGGCGCUCAGCCCCCAGGCGACCGCAGCGGUGGCCUGCUCCCCUUCGUCUAGCACCCGGGCUCUGUGCAGUUGCCCUGGGGCACAGUCGUGCAGGGCUUAAGAGUUCACAAAACACUUUCAUAUGUCUUGGUAUUCAUUUCAUGUGUUUUGAACUUUUUUGGGGGUCAGGGAGAGCAGGUACUGUUUUGCUCAUGAGGAAGCUGACAGUCCACCAGAGCAGGGGAGAAACUAGCACCAAAGCAGGAGGAAAAACCAAAGGCCUGCGAAGGAGGAUCACAUCCCUCAUGCUCUUGUUGAGGCCCAAACAGGCCCUUUGUUGCCAGGCGCCCCACCUGCUCCCGCUGCUGGCGGGUGGCCCUCACCCCGUCCCGGGUCUGCAGGCGCUGCUGCUUCUCAGCGGCACGUGGUCGUGGCUUCCUCUAUGAACAGGGACAGAAACUAAAGAUUCGUUAAGAUACUCUGUCUUACUAAAACUCUCCUGCUAGGCAGCACAAAGCAUUUUUUUAAUGGGGGUCGGAUGGAGACUGUUGACUGACUCCCAAGUAACCGGUGUGUCACCCCAAGAAAGGAACGUGAACCCACUUUUAGAAAAAGUCUGAGGAAGAAGAUACCGUUCACCUAAAACCACCACUGUCUUUAUUGACCUGCUUUGUAGGGAAAAUGAGCAAUAAAAAUAGAACUAAUUAAAUCUUAGCUUCCACUCGGCCUUUCGUCAUACACAUGGUGGUUUUGUCAUUCUGACAUUAAAAACAUCUCUGUUGUGGUCAGGUGCGGGGACGUGCGUCGUCACAUGUAUUAGCAACAGAAAGGGGCAUCACUGAAUCAGCAUUUCAAGUCAAAAUCUCUUUCAUGUGCAAGACACUGUGGGAAAAUGACUCAGAGGCUCACCCAAUGUGAUGCGGUUAGAAUUUGACGCACCUCAGUGCUGCCUUCUCUGCCAGCCCUCCUUUGGGUCUGGAAACUUCACCAUUAGCAGAUAAGACCUCUGAGACCAGCUCUGGAGAGAAAGUCCUAAGGAAACCCGAUGUGGAUUUGACACAUUUCAGGAAGGCAGGGGAGUCGGAAAUGGCUUCAUGAGUUUCUGGACAGGACACAUGUCUGCUAGGGUUAGGACAAUAAGAAACUCAGGAAACCACCAACAAAAAGAAAAGGCAAUUACGGGAGAAGGUAUUUGUAAAUGAUAUAGCCAGUAAGUGACUAAUACCCAAAAUACAGAAAGAACUCAUACAACUCAACAAUAACAACAAAAACAAUCUGACUUAGAAAUUGGCAGGGUACCUGAGCAGACAGUUCUCCAAAGACACAGAUGGCCAACAGGCACAUGAGAAGAUGCUCCACAUCACUAAUCAUCAGGGAAAUGCAAAUCAAAACCACACUGGGAGAGCCCCUCCUGUCAACAGAGCAGCUGUACCAACAAGACAAGAAGCAACUCGUGUCGGCGAGGA